AUGCGCACCACCAUAGCGGCUUCCGCUGCUCUCUUCCUCUCAACUUCCCUCGCCCUCGACAGCCUCGUCGCACCUUCCUCCAUCAUCGCAAAUCAAAACUUCACUCUCACGGCCAACAACCCCGAUUCCAGCGCCCUCUACCGCAUCUACCUCGCCGCCACCCUCUCCGACACAACCGGCCCAACCUGCUUCCUCCUAAACUCCACCACCCUCCCCCCCUCCGGCGCCCUCUCCCUCUCCAUCCCCGCCUCAGUCGGCCCAGACGCAUCCUACUACAGCAUCGCCAUCUCGCCCCUCCCCUCCUCCUCCUCCUCCUCCUCCGCCACCUCCAUCAUCUACACCCCUCAAAUCAACAUCACGGGCCUCACAGCUUCCUACACCCCUUACGAAACCUCACUCCGCGGCGCGCCAUUCUACGACGCGGAUAUGUUGCCUUGCAAUUCGUACGCUUGCGCGAGGAAGUGUGCGGAUCGGGAAUUCCCGGCGGGGAGUGAGGGGGAUGGGGAGGAGGAGAAGGGGGAGAGGUAUGGACGGAUGGUGGAGUGUUUUGGGGGGUGUGAGGGGGUGGGGGUUGAGGUUAAGGGUGCGAGUGGGGUGGAGAGUCAGGGCGGGAUGGGGAUGGGGAUGACGAUGACUGUGUCUACGAGCGCGGAGGGGGAGGCGACGGCGACUGCGACGACGACCACGACGGAGAUGGGGCCGAGUGAGGCUGAUGCUACGGAGGAGGCGGCUGCGGCGACGAGUUCUGGGGUGGCGGCGCCGAGGCAGGCGAGGCUUGCGGGUGUGAUUGCUAUUGCGGGGCUCGCGGUGGUGGGGGUUUGUUGA